AUGGAAGUGAAGAUCAUAGAAACGAGGGAGGUUCUCCCGGUACGUCCACCGUUCGAUCAGGAUCACGUCCUCCCACUCUCCCACCUCGACAACGAUCGUAACGUCCACAUCAACUUCCGCUACCUCCGCGCUUACGUUAACAACCGUAGCACGGCCAACCACACCGCCGCUGCCGCCGAUCCCGCCCAAGUCAUCUCUGAAGCACUUUCAAAGGCCCUUGUCUACUUCUACCCUUAUGCGGGCACUCUCCGCCCCCUACCGAACGACUCUCGCUUGUUCCUCUUCUGCUCCUCUGGAAAAGGAGUCCCCGUCAUCCACGCCGCCGCUGACCGUACACUCGCAUCCCUCAACUACUUGGAUGACCCGACCACGCCAAACCUGGACACGCUGGUGCCGGAUCCGAGCCACGGCGAGGAGCUGGUCCACCCGUGCAUUCUCCAGAUCACGGUCUUCGAGUGCGGUGGUUUCUGUUUAGGUGCUUCCAUCAACCAUUCCAUGUGCGAUGGUUACGGUUCGUCUCUGUUCUUCAACGCUAUGGUGGAGUUAUCUCGAGGGGCGGCCCAGCCGUCGGUCCAGCCUGUCUGGGACCGAGCGAGUCUUCUGGCCCCACGAAAACCACCCCGCGUGGAGGUUCCGUUUCACGAGUUCCUCCAGUUGGAUAAGGAGUUUUCGCCUUACCGUCAAGCGAUCGGGCCGGUGGUUCGGGAGUGUUUCGCCAUUAAAGACAAUAGCUUGGAGUGCUUUAGGGCAGAAUUGCAAAAGCUUUCAGGGUCCAGCUUCACCACGUUCGAGGCUUUAGGUGCAUUCAUAUGGCGGGCCAGGGUUAAGGCCUCGAAAUUUGCCGGUGAUGAUAUAGUCAAGUUCGCAUACUUGAUUAAUAUAAGGAAAUUGAUGAAGCCAGCACUACCCGCUGGGUACUACGGCAAUGGUUGUAUUGUCAUGUACGUGCAACUUGGUGCCAAAGAGCUUGUAGAGCAACCUAUUUGGAAGACAGCAGAGCUGAUCAAGAAGAGCAAAUCAAAUGCUACAGAUGAGUAUGUUCGAUCCUUCAUCGAUUUUCAAGAGCUAAAUUAUGGAGAGGGGAUCACGGCAGGGAAGGGAGUGAGUGGGUUCACAGACUGGAGGCACCUUGGUCAUUCUGCAGUUGAUUUUGGGUGGGGAGGUCCGGUCACUGUGCUUCCACUCUCCAGGAACAUAAUUGGCAGCACUGAGCCUUGCUUCUUCUUGCCUUAUUCUUCUGCUAAUGAGGGAAUGAAGGAUGGGUUUAAGGUUAUGAUUUCUUUGCCAGAAACUGACAUGCCUACUUUCAGAGUAGAAAUGGACAAGUUUACUAAUCUCAAGUUGAGUACCCUUUAGUGCCAAGACCACUUUGAAUAAUUUUUUAUUGCUUGGGAUUUCCUUCUCGCUCAUUUGUUCUUGAAA